AUGGCAUCAGGUGUGUCGGCACACACGACAACGGUACAUCUUAUCGUCUUUUCACUCCAAUAUGUCGUUUCUACUUUUUUACAGGGCCUCGACGCGACGGAAGCCGGUCCGAGUCCCGUACGAGGUCCACCAGGGGCUCGCCGGGGUGUUACCCCGCCGAGUUCAGUGUCAGAGGUUUCGAAUACCGAGGGGGAACGGGUGCGGAGGCUUGCCGAGGCCAGCCCCAGUGCAGAAGAGAUCACGGAUCGAAUGAUUCAGAUUGAGAAGCAACUCAAGGACCUUGUUGCGUUUCGAUACGCGGAACGAUGUAAUUUUCGACAAUUCGCACGGAUGUGGUUUUCAGAAGACGCGUUCUGUACACAACACUUGAAGCGGAAGGACAGAAUGAUACUUAUGGGAUUAAUUCGCUUCCGAGAUCAUAAUGGUACAUUGCUAUUGUUUCAGCGCCGUUGUCAUAGCGCGUGUGGUAUCCCAUCGUGUCAGGUCCCGUUGGCUCGUGAGGUGCUGAAACAACGCUACAAACAACAACGUGAAGAGAAGGAACGUGAUUUGAAUGCCUGGGCGGCAUGUCUAGAUGCCCUCAAUUUCCGAAUUAAGUUGCUGGACAAUGAGAGAAAGGAUCUGGAAAACAAGCUUACAGAAGAGCAGUACGUUCGGUUCCUAGUCAAGUUGGCUGGUCGCGGUGAAGGUGACUCCGGUGGAGAAAGCACUCGUGCAUUAUCGGGCGAGGCAGAUGAAUCAGCAAGCACGAGCCAAUCUUCUGAUGUGGCAGGAUCUACGCCAGGUGGAAGUGAUUCCCUGGAGGCAUUGCAGCGGGAAAUACCUCUAGCUAGACAGGAAGCAGCACAGGCCUUAAAAAAGCGGCGGUACUGGCGCAACUUCCUGCGGACUCAUGAAGCGCAACGUCCACAAGGUCCCACGGCGGAAAUGCUUGAAAACGAACGCGUUGAUGCCGCCUGUGACUUUGAAAAAUGGCAGACCGAACUGGCAGAACUCAAAGCAAGAUCCAGCGGGGCGGAGAAGGUAUACGCCGCCCUCCGCGCGAGAGUGAGGUCACUUCACCAACGGAGACGGGCUAUAGUUAAGAAACAGAAAACUGGAUCGCAAUCUGGUACGAAAGGAACCGGUACCGGGACGCCUCUGAAAGGCUCCUGGAAUGCUCGUAAUCGCUUCGCUCGUUUUGACAUUGUCGUCGAGGAAAGUGAUGCGCAGACGCCGUGGCGUACACGUCCUUCCUGCGCCUUUUGGAGCCAGCGAACGAGUGGUCAGUCUGCUGCAGCGGGCUUGCAGCCAGGUCCGGCCAAGCACCAUGUGCUUCUUUCUGCGCGCCCAUACAUGCAACAACGAUACCAGAAACCACGCCGAAAACCACGAAAACCUGCCGUUUCUAGUGAAGCUGAACGCGGCGGGGGAGGCGGUGCGGAACCUGGGCCGAGCACGAGUACGUCUGGUCUUAAUGCAGCCUCAGCGUUACAGGAGAACAGAUCUGCGGCGCGCUUGAUGAGACUGACAAGUCACUGGCGACAAUAG